UCUAACCAACCGCCAUUAAAACCCGAAGAAGAAGAAUAAGAAGUCGAGGAGGAACGGAAAGAAACAGGAAGAAGACGACAUCGGUACCACAAUGACUUCGUCCAAGAGACUAUACAAGGAGCUCGAUGAAAUCCGCAAAUCUGGGAUGAAGAAUUUCCGCAAUAUUCAAGUGGAUGAGUCAAAUUUCUUGAGCUGGCAAGGACUCAUUGUUCCUGAUUGUCCUCCGUACGACAAAGGAGCAUUUCGCAUUGAGCUCAUCUUCCCCGCCGAGUACCCCUUCAAGCCACCCAAGAUCACGUUCAAGACAAAAAUCUACCACCCCAACGUUGACGAGAAAGGCCAGGUGUGUCUGCCCAUCAUCAGCGUCGAGAACUGGAAGCCCGCCACAAAAACUGACCAAGUGAUCCAGAGUCUCAUCAAUCUGGUGAGCUCCCCCCAGCCGGAGCAUCCGCUGAGGGCCGACCUGGCGGAGGAGUACAGUAAAGACCGCGCGAAAUUCAUGAAGAACGCCGAGGAGUUUACAAAGAAACACAGUGAGAAGCGACCCGUCGACUGACGACACAACACUGACGUUCCCCCCCCCCCCCCCUCCCCGGCCUCCUUUCUGUUUCCUGUUUAAAAAGAGCCCACCCUGACUCUCUGUUCUUAUCCCCCCCAAACUACACAGAGAUGCCCUGUUCUGGCAAAAAAAACCUGCAUUGUUUUAGCACUCUGCAACCACUCCUUCAUAGAGGCUUGUGUUUCUGUUUCACUUUGCCAAAAACAAACAAAAUAAAAGUAGGACUUUUUGGUGAAUAGGCAGGCUCUGGUCUCUAGGUGUCACCUUCUUUUUUUUUUUUUUUUUUUUUUUUUUGGGUUGUUUCGACUUCUUUCUACUGAUUUCUUUUUAGAAAAAAAUGAGAAAAUUGUCGGAGGUGGCAUCCUGGAAAGUAAAAUGUCAGAAAAAUUAAAAAAAAUUUAAAAGUGCUGUUCUGCUUACUUAAAUGUUGAAUGUUUUUCUCAGAUUAAUCAUUAUAGCUUACGCAGACCUGUUUACAGAUUUUUAAGCUUCGUUUUCAAAAAAAAAGUUAACAUCUGCAGCAUCCAAUGCUGUUUGUUUAUAUCUGUUUUCUUCAUCCCCCGCCCCCCUCCCUUCCCCCCUUAAGAUACACUGUACUUUGUGAAAUCACCUGUUGCAGUACAUGGAAAUUAAAGUUGGUUACUGAUGCAGAAAUCCACAUGUAAACACAGAAGUUCAUGAAAAAUGCAACGACUUUCACGUGUCCUUUUGGAAAUGUUUUUGUAUUUUGAGAUGUUUUUGGGCGGGGGGGGGGUAAAAGGUCUCUUAUAAUAAUUAAAAUUCUUUCACCUCCGUUGGCCUCCCAGGAAAGUGUCAGUGAGCAUUAUAUCCACAGUAGAUCCACAGGCACUUGUUUUUCUCUUAAACCUUGUAAAUGUAUCUUCUCUAUCAAGUUCAAGCGCCAUUAACACACACAUGUUCAGGAAUAAGGAAACAAAUCAAGCGUGGCUUUAACAUUACGACGCAGGGUUACUCUCUCUCUCUUUGUUUUCUGUCCAUCCCGACGCCGACUAUACUUUCAUUCUGAGAACAAGAAAUACAAAGCACUGAUUGGUUCUAGCACUGCAGUUCUAAACCCGCUCCAAUUGGCUCCUCUCUCCAUCAGUAAACCCCCAUCAGCCAGUGAGUAUACUCUGUUAUAGACGGUAGCGCACCAGCAGACUCUACGCCGUUCCACAUGUAAGGCAAUACGUCCAACUGCAGGUGGAGGACAGAAGGUUGUUAAUGAAUAAAGAUUUGCGAUGGAUGCUUAAUCAAA